AUGUUUCCUGUAAAUAGCAUGAGGGCGCUCUGCCUCCAACAAAUAUGGCGGCCGGUGACGCUGAGGCGUCCUAGGAUGCAGGAAGCGACGUAGUGAGGGCGGAAGCUCUGUUUUCAUGCCCUUGGAUCCCAUGCUGUAAGGCAGAGAUGGCUGAGGAAUUUCAGACCCGGCUUCAGAAUGCGGUGGACUCUAUGGUGAAGGGCCUGGAGAGGGAGAAUAUCAGGAAAAUGCAGAUGAAGAUGUUCCAGUGUAGUGCCCAGUGCUGUGACAAUGACAAGGCCUCUAUGCAGCAGGUGCACAACUGCAUAGAGCGCUGCCAUGCCCCCCUCGCACAAGCACAGAGUCUGGUCACCAAUGAGCUGGAGAGAUUUCAGGAUCGCCUGGGCCGCUGUACAAUGCACUGCAAUGACAAAGCUAAGGAUGCCUUUGAUUCUGGAAGUAAGGAGUCACAAGCUAGAGCUCAGCUGGAGAACUGUGUGAUGAAGUGCGCCGAAGAUCACAUGAACCUCAUCCCCAGCAUGACUAAGAAGUUAAAGGAUGCUUUAGCUGAAGCGGACAGAAAGACCUCCUAAAGAUGUGUUCAUGAGAUUGUAAUAGAAGUAAACCUGUCUGCUGCAGGCUCGGAGCACAUCCCUGGCCCCGCUGAUGAUUUCGGAUAAAAUGACUAGGACCACCCUGUCCAUGGUUUAGUCAGAUGUGCACAGUUCAGAGCCCACCAGUCCUAUCUAAUGGUCCUGCCUUCAUUUGGAAAAUUUCAAAAUCAUUUUUUUUUCUCCUCCUCCCGUGGUGGAAUCUCUAAAACUGAGGAAGUAAUAUAUGGACUUUUCAGUUGUGAUGACUGUGAUAGCAAUGUACAAUGUGGUCAAUUCAUAUUUUCAAUGUCACAAUUGGAGAUCAGAAGAACGAUGAUCCAGCACUUGAAAUACCAAAAAGCU